CAGGGGGGGCGGGAGGGAGGAGCCCUCUUUCUUUCUAGGGACUCUUUGGUGCGUGGGGCUCUUAGGAAUCCAGACUUGAAGGGCAGACGGCCAUGGCCGACUUCACCAAUGCUGACGGCGAUUGUAUCAGUCCGAGCGUCUGGGCCUCUCACAAUGCGAUGGUGAUGGAACCGCUGGACACCAAUGACCCAGAGGUGUAUGACAUCAUUCGGAAGGAGAAGCGGCGGCAGCGGCUCGGUUUGGAGCUGAUCGCGUCCGAGAACUUUGCCAGUCGAGCCGUGCUGGAAGCUCUCGGCUCCUGUCUGAACAACAAGUAUUCGGAAGGCUACCCUGGACAAAGAUACUAUGGUGGGACAGAGUUUGUGGACGAGUUGGAGAGACUGUGUCAGAAGAGAGCUCUGGAUGCUUACGGGUUGGAUCCACAGAAAUGGGGCAUCAACGUCCAACCCUACUCAGGGUCUCCCGCAAACUUUGCCGUCUACACCGCCCUGGUGGAACCCCACGGCAGAAUCAUGGGGCUGGAUUUGCCCGACGGGGGUCACCUGACGCACGGCUUCAUGACGGACAAGAAGAAGAUCUCGGCCACCUCCAUCUUCUUUGAAUCCAUGCCGUACAAGGUCAACCCAGAAACAGGCUAUAUUGACUACGACCGGUUAGAAGAGAACGCUCGCCUGUUCCAUCCCAAACUGAUCAUUGCAGGGGUCAGCUGCUACUCCCGUAACCUGGACUACGCCCGCCUGAGGAAAAUCGCCAACGAGAACAGUGCCUACCUGAUGGCCGACAUGGCCCACAUCAGCGGCUUGGUGGCCGCCGGCGUGGUGCCAUCACCCUUCGAGGACUGCGACGUGGUCUCCACCACAACCCACAAAACACUACGAGGGUGCCGGGCGGGCAUGAUCUUCUACAGGAAAGGUGCUCGCAGCGUGGACCCGAAAACUGGGAAGGAAGUCCCGUACAACCUCGAAAGCCUCAUCAAUCAAGCCGUUUUCCCGGGGCUGCAGGGAGGGCCCCACAACCACGCCAUUGCAGGAAUUGCUGUAGCUCUGAAGCAAGCCAUGACUCCGGAAUUCAAAGCUUACCAGAGGCAGGUGGUGGCCAACUGCAAAGCCCUGGCGAAGGCGCUGAUGGGCCUCGGGUACCACAUUGUUACCGGGGGGUCCGACAACCACCUGAUCCUGGUGGACCUGCGGAGCAAAGGAACAGACGGCGGGCGAGCGGAACGGGUUCUCGAACUGUGCUCGGUCGCCUGCAACAAGAACACCUGCCCAGGGGACAAGAGUGCCUUGCGGCCCAGCGGUCUGAGGUUAGGGACCCCGGCACUCACCUCCAGGGGCUUCAUGGAAAAGGACUUCCAAAAGGUGGCUCACUUCAUUCAUAAAGGGAUCGAGCUCACCUUGCGGGUCCAGAACGACAUGAGCCCCAAAGCGACGUUGCGGGAGUUCAAGGAGAAGCUGGUGUCCGACGAGAAGUACCGGGAGCCCCUGAAGUCCCUCAGGGAAGAGGUGGAGGCCUUUGCGGCGACCUUCCCCAUCCCUGGGUUGCCCGUUCUGUGAAAGCCAUACGGCAGCCGCAGCUGGGACGGCCGUGUUUCUUUCUACGAUCGCCUUGCUAAUCUGCCCUUGGGUAUUCUGGAGCCGCAGGAAGUAACGACCCCCCCGCACCUGUAGUUAUCCUCUUUCCCCACCCCUGGAACACCUUCAGUGUUCACUGUCCCUAAAAGCAAGGGCAGUUUUUAGAAUGUGCUUUUUAAUGAACUUCUCCCCCUUUGUAAUGUGCCACAGAAUGGCCAGAUAGCCAGAAUGAAUGUGUCAACUCUCCAAAGAAGUAUUAAAACUCUCUUGGUUGUUUUUUUAUCGGAAAUCCCAAAACGCAUCAUUUCCACAGCUGUACGAAGAUCUUGAGAAAUGGCAAAAAGUCCAGU